GUAUCUUGAUAGUUACAAUGAUGUGGGUAGGCUAAGCGAUUGGUGAAUAAAGUAGUCUAUGCUCGGUAAAGGUCGUUUCAAUAUCACCCGACAUGGCGCAGUCGGUUUUUAUAGUUAAAAGUGAUUAAUUUAGUGAUUCUGACUACUUAUCAAGUGCAAAAAAUAAACUGUGAGUGAUUUGCGAUGGAGUCGACACUUAAACCUCCAUCUCCGUUUUGUUUUGAAAACGAUAUCGCGAGUGUAACUACGGGCAAUCUUAGCAGACAAUGGUCAAAAUGGCGGAAGUCCUUUGAAACAUAUUCAAAAGCAUGUGAAUUCGGCAAAAAGACCGAGGAUGUACAACUUAGCAUAUUAUUGCAUGUUAUCGGGGAACAGUGCAGAGAAGUAUAUGACCAAUUCACGGAGACGUUUGCGACAACAAAAGCCUUAUUAGACAGAUUUGAUAAAUAUUUUUUGCCUACGAAGAACUUGACAAUGGAGCGACACAAGUUUUUUAUGCGUAAUCAAUUGGACGGUGAAUCAACUGAGCAAUAUACGUUUGAGCUAAAAAGAUUGGCGAAAACUUGUGAGUUUGGAGAGUUGAACGGCGACCUCAUAAAAGAUAGGCUGAUAUGUGGUCUCACUGAGGAUGCUUUGAGAGAACGGUUGCUACGCGAAUGUGACCUCACACUAACGAAAGCGAUGGAUAUCAGUAGGAUAGCGGAAAUGUCGCGAGCACAAGCGAACCAUAUUAAGUCGGAGAAAGGACCUGACAGUCACAUUCACGAGGUCACCGAGCAAGAGCGAGAAGAAAGAGUAUGUGAGGUACACUUCAGGCGCCGGACGGCGCCACCUGGACGCCGCGGGCCGCCUGCGCCCGCCGUGUGCCGUUGUGGCGUCCGCGCCGCCAGUCAGCAUCGCGCGCGCGCCGCGCCGCCGCUGUCAGCCAACCGGGAUGGCAGUGAUGGAAUGUCACCGGCACCGCGGCAAAAUGGGCAAUUUAGCAGGAAAAAUAACAAGAAAUGCGACUAUUGUGGUCGGGUGCAUGAUAGAUUUAAAUGUCCGGCGUACGGCCAGAGAUGUACUCGAUGCAAUAAGGCAAAUCAUUUUGCUAGGAUGUGCCGUGUGUACAUGGUACAGGAGAACUCCACUGAUCAGGUGAGUCGUAAUAAUAAUAGUAACUCAAAAAACAGUUGGUAUGAAGAUAUUUUGAUAAGGAAUACCGUUGUGUCAUUUAAACUGGAUACUGGAGCUGACGUGAACGUUUUGCCUCACAGGUUCUUAUCAAAGAUAGGUAUUAAAGAUGAUGAAUUGGCUCAAACGCGGACUAAGUUGACGGGCUACUCGGGAGCUUCGAUUAGGGUGGUAGGCAAAGCGAUGCUAAAAGUUAUGUGCAGGGGAAAUGCGUACGUACUGAAAUGUAUUAUUGCUGACGUAAAUUCAUCCCCUGUAUUAGGGAGAAUUGCGUGUAAUGAGAUGAAUCUCGUUAAACGUAUUUAUAGCUUAGAUUCAUCGGUGAGAAAUAGUAGUGAGGAAAUAUUGAACGAUUUUGAGGAUGUGUUUAUAGGGAUGGGAUGUUUGCCAGGCGAGUAUAAGAUAAGAUUAAGGGAAGAUGCGCGACCGGUCGUACAUGCACCGCGUAAACUACCAAUUGCGCUACGCGAGGGUGUUAAAAAGAAGCUUGACGAGAUGUUACAGCAAGGGGUUGUGGCGAAGGUCGAAGGACCUACCGACUGGGUUAAUAGUAUGACGGUCGUAAAAAAGGCAAAUGGUGAUCUCCGUAUUUGUUUAGAUCCGCGCGAUCUUAAUAAAGCCAUCCGUAGGGAGCAUUUUAAGUUACCAACGUUAAACGAAAUAACCGCGAAUUUAGCAGGUGCCAAAUAUUUUAGUACGUUGGAUGCGAAACAGUCGUUCUGGCAGGUGAAGUUGAGUGAUGAUUCGACGGAUUUAUGUACUUUUAAUUCCGUGUUCGGGGGAAUCCGUUAUGGAUCCCACGGGCACGGGAGAAGCCGAGUGGGUAUGUCCGACUCCCACGGACUAAACCCCCUGGGGUGUUCCACCGCGCGCUUUGUGGACGGGGUUUCGGGAAUACGGUUGCAGGCCACCGAUACCCUGCCGGCGUUGCCCUUGCGGGACCAUCUUUUCGGGCUGCUCGAGCAGCCUACUUCGCUGAAGGCACAUCGGAACACGCGAGGGCCUUCCAGCUCGGACCCUCUUCAGGCGGGUGAUGGAGCUCCCGACCCAUCACCCGUAGGGUCCCAUUAG